AUGGCGUUCAGCGAGCGACACGCGGCGCGCGCGACGGGGAACGCCGCGAUCGCGGGGGCGCUGUUGACGUUUUGCGGGGCGGCGUACUGGUACACCGUGAUGAAGGUGCGAAAGGACGAGAUGGACGUCGCGAUCGAGCGACGCGAGGCCAAGGCGAAGGGCGCGCGGUAG